AUGGCGGGUGAUUGUGCGAUUGACACCGAGAUUUACUCUCUGUUGGAGGAUUUCAGUGUCGAUGUUGAAGUGGAAAAGCAAGAGUUUGAGACCUUCUCUCUUUGUUUUUGGGUUUAUCUCUUAGAUUCCACCACAUACCCUUCUGCGAUCAUCAGACAGGUUUCUGGAAACUACAUGCGCCUUCAUAUAUGUGGAGAGAUUGUAGGAGAGCAAGUCUUGACUUCUUUGGUGACCACGAAUAUAGAUUGUGCACGAAAGAUUUCGCUAUUUAGUGUUGGUGGAGAUGGCUACAGCGUUCAGGGCUUCAUCCACUGUGCUGAAGUUCUGCCUUUUAGUGUCUCUGCAAAGUAUCACUUCACAAAGGACCCACCUCUUUGGUUACAUGUUGAGAAGCCAUCCACAUCUGGAAUCGAAUUAGAUGAAGAUGGUGCUUGGAGUAUCGUUGGCGGAAUGGCAUCUUGCCGGAAGUUGUUUUCCUUGGAUGUUAUUUUAUCCAAUGCUAUUGGACAGCCUGUGCAUAAGGAUGUGAAGGUUGUGGCUUCUCUACUGUAUGCUGAUAGCGGGACGCCUGUUGAGAAGAAGAGGGACUCAGAGGCUCCCCUUUUGGUAAGCUGUCAAGGAGUUGAGUUCUCAGCGGAAGACAAACCGUGCAGCUUAUUGAACGGAUGUGCUUCCUUCAACCUCAAAAUAUCUGAGCUUUCUUCCAAGAGUGACAAGAGAUUGUUCUGCAUCAAAUUCGAAAUACCGAAUAAGAAUUCUUAUCCGUUCCUCGAAGCUGUUACCAACCAAAUCCGUUGCAUUUCAAGCAACCGUGAUUCCGUUGCCCUUAAAAGGUUAAAUGAGGGAGUGCCAGAGUUUGCAUCGAGUAACGGAGCUUCAGAUGUUCUACAUAGCUCCUCGUCUGUGAAACGGAUCAGAUUAGGAGAGGAAAAGAUAUCUGAGAGUGAGUUAAAGAAUGGAAAUGGUACGAGUAUGGAGUGGAGACCUCAGAACCAAGAAGAAGAAGAAGAAGACGAAGAAGAAGAAGAAGAAAACUCUUCAACUGACUCAGAAAACACCGAAAUUAGAGACUCAACGGUUCUGAGAAGAUAUACAGUCUCAGACUCGACGAUUUUCAGAUACUGUCUUGGAAACUUAACAGAGAGAUCUCUUCUUCUGAAGGAAAUCACAAACAAUUUAUCGGAUGAAGAGGUUUCGGAAUUUGCAGAUCAAGUUUCUCUCUAUUCCGGGUGCUCCCAUCACAGCUAUCAAAUCAAAAUGGCAAGAAAACUGAUAGCAGAAGGAACAAACGCGUGGAUUCUGAUCUCUCGGAACUAUCAACAUGUUCAUUGGGAUAAUGUGGUAAUUGAGAUUGAAGAGCAUUUUAUGAGAAUAGCUAAAUGCAGCGGUAGAUCUCUCACUCACCAGGAUUUUGAGCUUCUAAGGAGGAUAUGCGGAUGCUAUGAGUACAUAACACAAGAGAAUUUUGAGAAAAUGUGGUGUUGGUUGUUCCCUGUUGCUUCUGCUAUAUCGAGGGGAUUGAUUAACGGAAUGUGGCGCUCUUCUUCGCCUAAAUGGAUCGAAGGGUUUGUGACAAAAGAAGAGGCAGAACAGUCGCUGCAAAGUCAAGAACCGGGCACAUUCAUUCUCAGGUUCCCUACUUCAAGAAGCUGGCCACACCCUGAUUCUGGUUCCUUGGUCGUGACGUAUGUCGGUCAUGAUUUCGUUAUACGUCAUAGAUUACUCACAAUCGAUCGCAUCUGCGAUUCUAGUGAAAGGUAUACAGAUGCCAAACCGUUGCAAGAUAUGCUUUUGGCAGAACCUGAGCUAUCUCGACUUGGAAGGUGA